GGCCGGCCCCCGGCGGGGAGCGCGGACCGCCCGGAGGCGGCGGCUCUGAGCGGGCAGGCGGAGGGCUGUCUCCCGCGCCCGCCUGCCCGGCGCGGUCCGAGGAUGCGGGGGGGCGAUGCCCGGGGCCAGGGACCCGCUCUGUCACCAGGCGCUGCAGCUGCUGGCCGAGCUCUGUGCCCGUGGGGCCCUGGAGCACGACAGCUGCCAAGAUUUCAUCUACCACCUGCGGGACCGUGCCCGACCCCGGCUCCGCGACCCAGAUAUCUCAGUGAGCCUGCUGACCCUCGUGGUCACUGCCUGUGGUCUUGCCCUCUUUGGCGUGUCUCUCUUCGUAUCUUGGAAACUCUGCUGGGUUCCGUGGCGAGAACGAGGCCUGUUCUCUGGUAGCAAAGACAACAACCAGGAGCCUCUUAACUACACGGACACAGAAACCAAUGAGCAGGAGAACAGUGAGGACUACGUAGACCCACCCACGCCCUGCCCUGACGCCUCCAUGAAGAUCAGCCACACCUCCCCGGACAUUCCCCUCUCCACCCAGCCAGGGGUCCAGGAGAACUGUGCCCAUGGGGUCCGCAUGCAGCGCCAAGUCACAGAACCAACCCCUUCGGCCCGGCAUAAUUCAAUCCGAAGACAACUCAACCUGUCAAACCCGGACUUCAAUAUCCAGCAGCUUCAAAAACAGGAACAGUUGACUGGCAUUGGUAGAAUUAAACCCGAGUUAUAUAAACAGAGGUCACUGGAUAAUGAUGAUGGGAAAAGGAGUCACAGCAAAGCUUGUGGGAAACUGAACUUCAUUUUAAAAUACGACUGUGACUUAGAGCAGCUCAUAGUGAAGAUUCACAAAGCUGUCAAUCUGCCUGCCAAGGACUUUUCUGGAACCUCAGAUCCUUACGUGAAAAUCUACUUGCUUCCCGAUCGGAAAACAAAACACCAGACUAAAGUUCACAGAAAGACCCUGAACCCUGUGUUUGAUGAAGUGUUUUUAUUUCCGGUUCCCUACAGUGAUCUGGAAGCUCGGAAGCUUCACUUCUCUGUGUAUGACUUUGACAGGUUCUCUCGCCACGACUUAAUUGGCCAAGUGGUAGUGGAUCACUUCUUAGACUUGGCUGAUUUCCCCAGGGAGUGCAUCCUUUGGAAGGAUAUCGAAUAUGUCACCAAUGACAAUGUGGAUCUUGGAGAGCUGAUGUUUUCCCUCUGUUAUCUUCCCACGGCUGGUAGGCUGACCAUUACCAUCAUAAAAGCAAGGAAUUUAAAGGCAAUGGACAUAACAGGAGCAUCAGAUCCUUAUGUAAAAGUCUCACUGAUGUGUGACGGCAGACGACUGAAGAAGAGGAAAACAUCCACCAAGAGGAACACGCUGAAUCCUGUUUACAAUGAAGCCAUAGUCUUUGAUGUCCCUCCCGAGAACAUUGACCAAAUCCACUUGUCCAUAGCAGUCAUGGACUAUGACCGUGUAGGUCACAAUGAGAUCAUCGGUGUGUGUCAAGUAGGCAACGAGGCAGAGAGGCUGGGCAGAGACCACUGGAGUGAAAUGCUGUCAUACCCGCGGAAGCCCAUCGCACACUGGCACUCCUUGGUGGAGAAACGAUGACUGUGGAUAAGAGGACAGCUUGUGCCAAGGACACAGUAGGACAACCAUCUAACAAUGAUCUUACGUAACUUUUUCCAUCCAGCAACACCCGGACAACUCCAGUGACCAAAUGCUCAGCUGUAACCACAGCAAUAACUGGCCCUCUUUCCAAAUUGGGUUUGGUGAAUCUAAAUGGUCCAGCCACCUUUGUCAGGUGGUCAAGGUGAUGUGCUAUGGGGGGAAGCUCAUCUCUCAUUGCCAAGAACCAAGAUUGGACUAUGGAAGAAAGCAAGUGACAUAGUGAAAGUCCCAAGAGGACCAAGACUCUUAGUGAUUAAUAUAAGGCCCUUGGUAACAGGGACAUAGCGCCUGCCCUGGCUGUGGUCAUUCUGACAUGAAGUUAUUUGAAUGCCCUGGAAGGAUAGAAUAUCUAAAAAUAAAUCCAGGUGCUAAAUAGGCAGCAGAUCUCAAUUCAAAUUCCACUACCUUUGAACUGAUGGCUGUCUUCAGAGAAUAGUUGCACCCCAAGAAGUGCUCCAGAUAGGAACCCCAAGAAAAUAACAGGACAAGCAGGCCCUUCCCCUGGAGAAACUCCAGUGCGGGGAGGGUUCGUUCACAGCAAAUUCACUGCCCCCUCCGUGCACAUGGCAGAGUACCAGUUGACCAUGACUAUGGCUCUUUCUUCUGCUUAAACCAGCUUCUGACUUUGGAGAUCCUAGAACAUUAUUUUCUAGGUUGCCAGUAGCUGCUUCCUUUCAGCUGGUGUUAUUGCGAUUACAUGUAAUAUCCAUCCCCUCUAGAGAGGUGCACCUCUCAACGACAUAUGCAUUCUGGAAUACCCUUUCCCAGGUACAUUCUUCACUAAGGGAACAGCCUCACAAAUAGGUGUAGCAUGGUGUGAUAUGAGAUCACAAAGACAACACAAGGUCCCCCGAAGGGAAGGCACAGUCUGGGGGCCUUCUUGGCCUGAGUGCCUUUUCAGAUAUUUCCAUAUGCAACAGCCCAGGGUCUAGGCUCAGGCAGCCGCAUAUAGAGGUUUUCUUCUCAGUGCAGACACAUAUCACUUCUGUAGCACUUGGGGAAUGGAAAUACCUAUAAGAGUGAAGGUCAAGGGCUCUCCCUGGGUAGCUCAUUCAUUACUCACUUCCCUCCUGCCAAUUUCCUGCCAGCUAUGCACCUCAUCUUUACUGCUUCUGCUUCCACAGAACUGAAACCAAAGGCCUCAGCAUACCCUAGGAGGGCCAGGGGCUGUUCCCUGGUGGUCCUCUCUCUGUCCCAUUAUGGUACAAGGCACCCCUUCCACACAUUUAUGUCUGUACUCCAAGAGAGCAUUCCCCUUUUCAUACAGUUUCUUUGCAGUAGAAUCCAGAGUUGAACUGUGGUUUACCUUCCUAGAAAGCGCAUUAUAUUCAUUUGAGUUCACAUUUUAAAGUAAGACUGAGUGGAAACAGGAUCCUUGGAUGUUAUCAGAAAGUUGUGGCUGCCACAUCUGCCUCUUACAAAAAACUCUACCUUGAUGUCAGAUCUAAAAAGGGUGGAGGCCUUUACUUGGGUGGGGCAGUAUUAUUAUACUCCAGCUUCAUUCCCUCGCCUGCCUAAUCAUGUCCAUCUCUGAUUGGCUUUUGACCAUGAGGAUUCAAAAGGAAUCCAAGUUCUGCCUGUGUCUGAUGACAUGAAAAAAAUUCAGCUUUCUUUACCAAGGUUUCCGUCUGCCUAUCCUUCCCCAUUCUGGCAUCCUCCACUGUACCAGUGUUUAGAACCAAAGCAUGAAGGGCUAGUGCCAGCAGGAGAGUGAGCUGAAAGAUUGUCCCUAGAUCCAGGCAGAUGAGCCUAGAAAAAUGGUUCCAAAGAACCCAGACUGGCUCCAGUGGAUAGUAGCAUGCAGCCAUCCCAUUAAACUCGGACCUGUCCUUGGCAAUGGGAGCCUGGGUUGAAGGUCCUGAGGCAGCCGUGCCUAUUGUUCCCAUCUCAGGAUCUUCCUGCCCAGAUAUGGCAGCCCCGGGGUACUGAAGAGUAUGCUACUGGCUUGCUGAGAUGAAUACAAGGUGGCUUUGUGGAGACAAUCUGGCAAAGAGCGCUGCCCACACGGCAGGCAAAGGCCACUGUGUCUGGAAAGCUUGGCUUAGCCUGUACAGCUGUGGCCAGAGGCUGGUUAUAAAUCUGAACACCUUCAGCCCAUCUGUACCUCUGCCUCUGUUCUCUUGCAUUCUGUUUGGUUGCCCUUUAGUUCCUAGUAAAUGUUCCUUUUGAAAACUCAAAUCUUGUGUCAUUGAACUUGGGGGAAGGAGAUUCUCCAACAUCUUUCCAAAGAUAGAGAAGGACAUAGUACCUCAAAAAAAAAAAAAAAAAAAAAAGA